CGGAAGUCGCACUUAUUCAAUGAGCAGCUUUCGCUCGCUGUAGCUUAGUCAAGUGAUCUGAUAAAAUUAGUUUUUAUAAGUAAUAGUCUAUCUGUUAAUUGCUUGAAUGCGUUUGUUUGUGUGUUGAAGAUGAAUUUUCGCGUGGCCGCGCUCAUCACUGCGAUCCUGUGCGCGCUUUCCUCCGGUGCCGCGCAACACCUGGACACAGAGUGGCUGUCAGAUGGCCCACACGUGCCUGUGCGGCUUCUGCAAGAAUCCAACAGCACGACCAACUCGUCUGAACUGACUUAUGGAUUCAUAUCAUGCGCUGUGUCCGUCUUCUUCUACGGGAGCAACUUUGUGCCAGUGAAAAAGAUAGACACUGGUGAUGGUAUGUUUUUCCAGUGGAUUCUCUGUGCUGCUAUAUGGACAGUCUCCCUUGUGGUAAACAUAAUUCUGAACAGUCCAAAAUUCUGGCCUCUUGCUAUGCUGGGUGGAGCCAUCUGGGCUACUGGUAAUAUAACUGUAGUUCCUAUCGUAAAGACCAUCGGGCUUGGCCUUGGUCUUCUUAUAUGGGCUUCGUUUAAUCUGCUCAUGGGCUGGGCAAGCUCACGGUUUGGCUGGUUUGGUAUUGAAGCUGAGACUGUUUCCAAACCAAUACUGAACUCCUGUGGAGCAGGGCUAUGUUUACUUAGUGCCAUUGUUUUUUUCUUUGUGAAGAGUGAUGUUCAAAGAUCAUCAACAUCUGAAGAAACACCAUUACUAAUAGACCAUACUGUGAACUCUGACACUGUGGGCACGACAGAUGAUUCCUGGGUGGAUGCAUUAAGACCACGCACCAAACGCCUUGUUGGAUCACUGCUUGCUGUCGUUGCUGGACUGCUGUACGGGUCAUCAUUUGUCCCAGUUCUGUACAUUAAAAAUCAUGCAGCCAAUCCAGACAGCCAAUAUAGAGGGGCUAGCCAGUUUGAUCUGGAUUAUGUCUUUGCACAGUAUAGUGGCAUCUUUCUCACUAGUACUGUGUAUUUCCUCCUGUACUGUGCCAUCAAAAAGAACAAACCACAAGUUUUCUCUAAAGCAGUAUUGCCAGGGUUUCUGUCUGGCAUCAUGUGGGGUAUGGCCACAUGCUGCUGGUUCCUGGCCAACCACUAUCUUAGUGCUGUAGUGAGCUUCCCUAUUAUCACUACAGGUCCUGGACUGAUUGCAACUCUCUGGGGCAUUUUGGUUUUCAAGGAAGUGAAGGGUUUGCGAAAUUACAUUGUCCUAAUCUUCGCUUUCUGUCUUGUUCUAUGUGGGGCAUUAUUGACUGCAUUUUCGAAGGUUUAAUUGAUUUGUAAAACAAGUGCAAGAAAUGCUCGAAACAAGAACAUACAAUCGUUAUGCGUUUUAAUAUUUUAAUUUUAUUUUUAAAAUUACUCCUGUUUUUAAAUAUUUUUUAUAAUGCAAAUAAAAGUUACUUCAGUUCUAUGCAGUUUAUGUAACAUCAAAAACCUGAACAUAUUUAAGGGAAAAAAUAUUGUUUAUAUGUUACAGCAAUAUGUAUCACAGUUUUUAUGUUUAUGUUAUUGGGUACACGAUUCACUCAAAACAGAGACUUUUUAAGUCAUAUUAACACCAUAGUGAACCAUGUUACACUAUUAUGUUAAUUGUCUAUUUGCACAUUUAGUAGUCAUAUUCAUUUAUACUUGGGGAUCUAAUGGCACAGAAUAAAAUGAAGGAAUCACAGAUCUCUGAACUGCAGCCAAUAGAAUAUGCAAUUAAUUAGACUUUUCAUUAUAUUUUGCAUAAAGUAUGCAUAUUUUUAGAAUGAUUAUUUUUGCAUUGUAAAAAAAUUUUGUUUUGUAAUUCCUAUUACUCUCAAUGGUUCUCAUUACUGUAAUACAUUACCUUUUUCUGUUUGACAAAAAAUACUGUAAAUUAUUUUUGAAAAUGUAUAACAGUACAACAAAUAGUACUAUUAUGUAUUAAUAAUUUACAAUGUAAGUAUCCUUUUAUUUGCAUUACAAUAAGGGUUCGGUUAGGCUAACCUUAACCCUAAUAAGAUUUUUCAUGCAUUACAAAAUGUGCUUAAUUAUGAAAAUAAUAUCAGAAUGCAAAGAUCAUAAUGAUCCUAAAACAGGUUUGAUAUUCAUAUAUAAACUUGAAUUUGGGGUGAAAUAUGACCCAAACAUGUUCUUGAAAAGUUUGUAAGAUUAGCUUUUUUUCUUUAUCUGUGCAAUAACCGUUUCCAAAAUGUGUCAGCGAUCUUAGUUCUGUUCUGUUAAUUUUUUCCCCAUUGUUUUUAGUUUUUUUUUUUUUUUUUUUU